CUGAGUGCCAACAAGCAACGACGUGUCGUCGGAAGAUUGCAAAUAAUUUCGUAUCGUCAAAAAUAUAAAAAGAAACUCUCAAUCAAUAUGUCAGCACCGGUGGGUCCGGAACCAGCCACAAUCAUUUGUCCAACUUGUAAUAAACAAGUAAUCACUAGCGUGGACUAUACAUCAUCCACGAAAACGCAUUUGAUAGCUUUGCUUUUAUGUAUUAUCGGCUUUUGGCCGUGCGCUUGCUGCCUUUAUUGCACAAAAUGUGCUCGUAAUGUCGAACAUCGUUGCCCCUCAUGCAACAGCUACAUUGGAGUUUACGAACGUUGAAGUGGCUUAUUAGCAACUAAUAACCGUUUUUUUCAACGACAUAUACUAUACUGUGUAUAUAAGCGUAUAUAUUAUGUAUAUAGGUAUAUAUAUAAACUUUUUAUAAUAAUUUUUCAAAAAUAUUGAGAUUGAGAUUGAAAUAUUAAAAACUCGAAUACAAGCUGGGAGGAUCUUUUUAACGAAAAAGACCUAUGUAGUUCUUUUCGAAGUCAUUGACUGAAAAAAUUUGUAUCCGUAAUAUUGUUUAUUAAAAUUGUAUCUGCCAUAU